UAGGCGGAGCGUGGGCGGGGUUCCCCGGACGCUGCAAGAGCUCGCGCCCGCGCCCACCGGCUGGCGAGGCCGGCGGCCGCCGCACCAGCAAGCAGGCCUGGAGCGCACACUGCUGUGAGGCAACGGAGGUGGGGGGCUCCCGGUCCCUGAGACCCCAGUCCCGCACGGAAGGCUCAUGGAGCCCGGGGCACGCGGGGCCCUUUGCUCCAGGGCUAGCAGAUUCUUUCUGGACCUGUAGGGCGCCGCCCCAGUCUAGCCACAAUGGCGCACAGUUUUGCGGUGGGCUUCGACCCACUGGGCCUUGGAGACCUAAGCUCGGGCUCUCUGAGCUCCCUCUCCUCCCGAGGCCACCUGGGCAGCGACUCGGGCUCCGCAACGCGAUACCUGCUGAGGAAGCAGCAGCAGCGGCUGUUGAAUGGGCCCCCCCGCGGAAUCCGAGCCUCAUCGCCCAUGGGCCGUGUCAUCCUCAUCAACUCUCCCAUCGAAGCCAACAGUGAUGAGAGCGACAUCAUCCAUGCGGUCCGGGUGGAGAAGAGUCCAGCAGGGAGACUGGGUUUCAGUGUGCGGGGCGGCUCGGAGCAUGGCCUGGGCAUCUUCGUCAGCAAGGUGGAGGAGGGGAGCAGUGCAGAGCGGGCCGGCCUGUGCGUGGGGGACAAGAUCACGGAGGUGAAUGGGCUGAGCCUGGAGAGCACCACCAUGGGCAGCGCCGUGAAGGUGCUGACUGGCAGCAGCCGCCUGCACAUGAUGGUGAGGCGCAUGGGCCGAGUGCCGGGCAUCAAAUUCUCCAAAGAGAAGACCACGUGGGUGGAUGUGGUGAACCGGCGGCUGGUGGUGGAGAAGUGCCGAUCAACGCCGUCUGACAGCGGCUCGGAGGAUGGCGUGCGGCGCAUCGUCCACCUGUACACCACGUCAGAUGACUUCUGUCUGGGCUUCAACAUCCGCGGGGGCAAGGAGUUCGGCCUGGGCAUCUAUGUGUCCAAAGUGGACCGCGGUGGGCUGGCCGAGGAGAAUGGCAUCAAGGUGGGGGACCAGGUCCUGGCGGCCAACGGCGUCAGGUUCGACGACAUCAGCCACAGCCAGGCCGUGGAGGUGCUGAAGGGCCAAACACACAUCAUGCUGACCAUCAAGGUGGGCAGGACUGUGGGUAUCAGGGAGAGGCCAGACUAUAGGAAGGACUUCCCCGACCGCUCUAGUACAUCAUUAUGCCCAUCGCUCUACAGUCUAUGGUUUUACCAUAGCCAUCGGAGAGGGAGGGCAGGCAUUGCGCUCGUCCCUAUUUCGCAGAAGAAGAAACUGAGGCUCAGAGAGGCAGAGAGAAUAAUUGGGCAGGAGGAGCAAACCUCCUUGGGACUUUCACACCACCCAGCGCCAUUUCUGGGCUCCCCUCCGAGGAGCUGCAGGUUUGGUUUCAGGCUCCCCUUGGCUCUGGGGUCCUGCGGGGAGUGGAGGAGAACUGAUCUGCCUAAGUCAGUGGCAGGACUGCUGAGCACCGGUUCCCCAGAGCCCAUGCUUCCAGCCCUGGCUGCUGCCCCACACUACCCCCCCCCCCCCCCCCCGCCACCAAGCCCAGGGUGGUCUGCAGCCCGGCCUUCCCCUCAGCCGCCCCCGCCUUCCCCACUGCCUGCAGUGAGCAACGGGGUGCUACAGCAGCUGUCCCCGGCCUCUGAGAGCAGCUCCAGCGUCUCCUCCUAUGCCUCCAGUGCCCCCUACAGCUCAGCCGAGGGCUCGGGCUCCCUGCCCUCCGACCGCAUGGAUGUCUGCCUGGGGCCUGAGGAGCCGGGCGGUCGGGGGCCAGGCUGGGGGCGGGCGGACACAGCCAUGCAGACGGAGCCCGAUGUGGGGGGCCGCGUGGAGACCUGGUGCAGCGUGAGGCCCACCGUCAUCCUCAGGGACACAGCCAUCCGCUCCGACGGGCCCCGGCCUGCCCGCCGCCUCGAUUGUGCACUCUCGGAGUCCCCCAAGACUGCCCUGUUGCUGGCCCUGAGCCGACCCCGGCCCCCCAUCACAAGAUCCCAGAGCCACCUGACCUUGUGGGAGGAGAAGAGGCAGAGGAAGAAGGAGAAGUUGGGGUCUCCUGGGGAGAAGGGAGCCCUGCAGCGCUCCAAGACACUGAUGAACCUCUUCUUCAAGGGAGGGCGGCAGGGGCGGCUGGCAGGGGACGGGCACAGAGAGGCCUGGACGCUGGACAGAGGGACCCCGGCCAAGCCCUGCCCUCGCCUGGACCCGGAGAAAGGUAAGCACCAUGCCGGGGCAGUGGGGCCCGUGCAGAAGUUUGUCACAUGGAGACUGAGACGAGAGCGGGAGAGGGGCCGGGCCCUGCUCUCUGCCAGGUCUGGGAGCCCCUCUGGCCAGCUGCCUGAUGUGGAUGAGCGGGUGCAAGCCUGGGAGAGCCGACGGCCCCUAAUUCAGGACCUGGCCCGACGGCUGCUGACUGACGACGAGGUGCUGGCAGUCACCCGCCACUGCUCCCGGUAUGUGCACGAGGGCGGUGUAGAGGACCUGGUGAGGCCCCUGCUGGCCAUUCUGGACAGGCCCGCAAAGUUGCUGCUACUGAGGGACAUCAGGAGUGUGGUGGCCCCCACGGACCUGGGCCGCUUUGACAGCAUGGUGAUGCCCGUGGAGCUGGAGGCUUUUGAGGCCCUUAAGAGCCGGGCAGUGUGGCCUCCUGCCUUGAGACCAGCCCAGCAAGACGCACCUCCCAAGCGUCACCUCAUCACGCCCGUGCCUGAUAGCCGUGGAGGUUUCUAUCUGCUGCCUGUGAACGGCUUCUCAGAGGAGGAAGAUGGUGGGGAACUGAGGGAGCGGCUGGGGGGCCUCCAGCUCUCCCUGGGGGCCUCUGCUCCCCGCCACCCUCAUAAAGGGAUCCCCCCUCUCCAAGACGUGCCGGUAGAUGCCUUCACCCCACACCGAAGCACCCGCACCCCCCCUCCGCAACCACCCCCCGUGGCUCCCAGGCCCCCAAGGCCUAACUGGCUGCUGACAGAACCCCCGACCCUGGAGGACCCGCGGCAGAGCCAGAUCCAGGGCCCUGCCCGGAGCCGCAGCCGCAGCCGCAGCCGCAGCCGGGGCCGAGGCAAGUCCCCAGGACGUAGGCGCUCCCCGUCUCCAGCACCUAUCUCCACCCAGAGCGUGGCCAACGGGCGCUACCACAAGCCUCGGAAGGCCAGGCCACCUCUGCCUCGACCUCUGGAUGGGCAGGCAGACAAGGCGGGAGGCCACCAAGGCCCCUCUGAGAAUGGAACUGGUGGGACAGCCGAGGAGACAGCCACGAAGGCCCCUGGUGGGGAGCUGAGGACAGUCACGUUGUCCAAGAUGAAGCAGUCCUUGGGCAUCAGCAUUUCUGGGGGCAUUGAGUCCAAGGUGCAGCCCAUGGUGAAGAUAGAAAAGAUCUUCCCUGGGGGGGCUGCCUUCGUCAGUGGGGCCCUGCAGGCUGGCUUCGAGCUUGUGGCAGUGGAUGGAGAGAGCCUGGAGCAGGUGACCCACCAGCGAGCAGUAGAUACCAUCCGCCGAGCUUAUCGAAACAAGGCUCGGGAGCCCAUGGAGCUUGUGGUCAGGGUCCCUGGGCCCAGCCCACAACCCUUACCCCCCGAGUCGUCAGCCCUCACCGAUCAGUGCCUUCCUGCUGACCAUUCCCCUGCCUGCUGACCCCCUCCUGGUACCAUUCCUUCCCACUGCCUCCCAGAACCUCCCAUAAAUGCUCUUCCCACCAAUUCCCAGAUCCCUCCCACUGAUGCCAGUCUCCUCCAGCGGACCGCCAGCCCAGUCCCUUCUCCGACCCUCCGGACUCCUGACACUAACCCCAGACUCUCUCCACCUAUGCCGGGACUCUUCCCACUGACCUCAGAUCCUCCCGCUGCCUCCCAGGACCCUCCUGCUGUCUCCCAGACCUCCCCUCCUACCCUCCUCUCGGGAUUCAGGAACCUCUCACUGCUCCUCGACUUGCCUCCUCCCAGAGCCCCACACUGCUGGCGCAGACCUCCCCACUUUCUUCCCUCCCCCACUGUCACUAAGGCUCUGCCCUUUCCAGAUAAACUUGGUGUCAAGGACAAGGUGCUGCGGGGUAGGCUGUGUCACCCGCGCACUGCCCCCAACCUCCCACGACUGGGAGAGGUUGGGAGAAAGCCAAGGUCUGGAGCUUGGGAUUGGCGGGCCCUUUCUCAUGAGGCCUCCUUUAAUGCCCCCAAGCACUGAGGAACAUGGACUCUCAGGGCCCGGAGGGGGUCAUUGCAUCCGUCCCCCAGCCCCAAGCAGUGUUCUGUGCAAGGGACAGGAUGGAAAGCUUUUCUAGUUUCUCAAAUCCUGGGAGACCGUUUCAUGUGGUGGUCCGCUAGGAUCUCACACUUUCCACUGGAUUUGUCCAUCCCCCAUCACCCUCUCUCUCCCCAAGACCUCCACGAGGGGUCAGAAAGAGGUGGGAGUCGGGGUCAAAGAAGUUCCCAUCAACUCUCUCUAGCACACUUGUCUUUUUUUACAAACAGAAAAAAUUUUAAUUUGUUUCUUUGGGUUUGUACAAGAAAUUUACAGUGUGGAAAAAUACACAAGUGAAAACGAGGCCAUAAACCUGGGUGUGGGGAGGGGCCACUUGGUCACAAACACAAAUAAACAAGACGUUUCUGAGUU